AUGGCUCAGAAUAUCGAGACUACCAGCAACCGUGGCUCGAUCGUCUCUCAGAAUGAGAAACAGCCCGAAAAGUCCAGUCAUACUGAGCGUCUGGGCGAACUGUCGGGAGAGGAUCGUGCAUUCGUUGAUAACUUUUCAGAAGAUGCCAGGAAAAAGGUUCUGAGGAAGGUUGAUAUUCGCCUCAUUCCCAUGCUCGCUUUUCUGUACUUGAUCUCCUUUCUCGAUCGAGCCAAUAUUGGUAAUGCGAAGAUCGAAGGCUUGAUGGAAGACCUCAAACUCGACGGAACAAAGUACAAUAUUGCUCUGUCCAUUUUCUUUGUCCCGUACAUUCUGCUCGAGGUUCCAAGCAACACACUCCUCCUCAAGUUCAAAAGGCCUUCCACCUAUCUCUCAAUAUUAGUUACUACAUGGGGCGUUGUCAUCACCCUGACUGGGAUCGUCCAGAAUUUCGCUGGCCUUGUGGUUUGUAGAUUACUCUUGGGAGUUUUUGAGGCUGGCUUUUUCCCCGGUGCCGUGUACCUCAUCUCGAGAUGGUACCUCCCCCACGAGUCGCAAGUCCGCAUCGCCCUCUUCUAUUCAGCAAGUGCCCUCGCUGGUGCUUUCUCUGGCCUUCUCGCUUUCGGGAUUGCCAAGCUGGACGGCCUAGGAAACUUGGAAGGAUGGCGAUGGAUCUUCAUCCUGGAGGGAAUUGCUUCCGUUAUCGCCGGCAUCAUGACGUUCUUCUUCCUCAUUGAUACGCCAUCUCUUUCGCCAUGGCUCACACCGGACGAGAAGAAAUAUCUCGAGCUCCGACAGCUAGCCGUUCAGGGCAAUAGCAUGCGGGCCAGGGAGGCAGAGAAGAGUCGAAAGUGGGAGAUUCUCCGCUCUGUCUUGACCGACUGGCAGAUCUACCUCCAAGCUCUCGUAUACUGGUCAAACACCGUGCCAAACUACGGUAUGAAGUUCACGAUGCCCCAGAUCAUCAAGAACAUGGGGUACUCAAACAGCAACGCGCAGCUUCUCACGAUCCCACCAUACGUUCUGGGUGCCAUCUCAGCAUACGUCUCUGCCGUCUUCUCCGACAAGUUCAAGUGGAGGAUGCCCUUCAUCGUUGGAGCUCAGUUGCUGGUUGUGAUCGCCUUUGCUAUCCUGUUUUCUCUUUCGGCCAAAGUCAAGGACAACACGGCAGUCUGCUACUUCGCCAUCUUUCUCUGCUCAGUCGGCUUCUACCCCAUCAACCCCGGCGGCAACGCAUGGACCAUUGGAAACCUCGCUGGCCCGACCAAGCGCGCACAGGGUAUUGCGUUCAUGAUCUGCCUCGGGAACAUCGGUGGUAUUAUUGGCAGCUACAUCUAUAUCGAAGAUGAGAAACCAACAUACCCCACUGGCUUUGGAGCAUCUUUUGCCUUCGCUGGGCUUGGUAUUGUUUCUUGUCUACUUCUCGAGUUUGUCUACUGGAACAUUAACCAAAAGAGGUCGCAAAUGACCGAGGAGGAAAUCAGGGCCAAGUAUAAUGAUGAAGAGCUGGAGAAGAUGGGAGACCGCUCGCCUCUUUUCAAGUACACCCUUUAA